AUGGAGGAACAAAGUGUCGACGAAGUUACAUUAUUAAAUUCUCAAAAACGUGUGCGUACUUCAUCGUCGAGUUCGGAUAGCAGUGAUUCAUCAGAAAACAGUGUUUGCAGUCAAACAAAGAGACGCAAGAAAAGAAAAAUGGGUCAAACCGCCCCGUUCGUUGUUGAAAUGGCAGAAAAUUCAUCUUUUGUUGCUAAACCGGCGAGGGGCUGGCUCCAUCCAGACUCAAUUCUAGCCAGUGAUGGUAUAACUUACGCCGUAAGAUACAUAGGCUGUAUGGAAGUAUUAACUUCAAUGAAAAAGUUAGAUUUCGAUACUCGAUCCCAAGUUGCAAAAGAAUGUAUAGCCCGAGUUUGUGCUGCAGCAGGCUUAAGAUCAGCUGAUAAAAAGCGGCGUAUUAGCCAAGCGGCCGCUUGUGCACUUGCAGCCAAACCACGAAUGUCUCAUUCAGGCUCUAAUGUUGCACUUACAAUAUCCUCGAAAGCUAUUACAAUAGCCGCUCUAGAAGGCGGGGACACCAUUGCACGUCAUGACAUGCCACGAGUUUCAUUUGCAUCUGGCGGUGACUCAGAUUCUUUAGAUUUUGUUGCAUAUGUAGCAAAGGCAGCACCUCCCACUGAAUGGCGAGCGUGUUAUGUACUAGAGUGCGGUGGAAUGUUAGCGCAAGAUGUGAUUGCAACCAUUGGACAAGCUUUCGAAUUACGAUUCAAAGAAUUUCUAACAAAACCCUCAUCGUUGAACCUUAAUGGCUCACGUCCGCUGUGCUCAGGCGAUGCACCAACAUCGACAGCGGCGAUGGACGAUCGUGAAUAUUACAAUGAUUUGCCCGACAAAAUCCCGCCAGAUCCCACACCGACGUAUCGUCAUCCCCCUCCACCACCAUUAGCCUCUCUAGCACCUAUAUCAUCAUGCGAAGAAAGUGUCCGACACUACGUGAAUCAAACGCCUCCGCCACGGACUCCACCUACAGCUUUGCUACCCAACCAUCACACGGAUAUUUUUGAUAUGCUCUACAUAACAUUAAAUGGAUAUUGUUCUGACAUUAUGAGCGAUCUCCAAGGCGCGGUGACUUUGUCCGAGUUGGGAAGGCGCGAAGAAGGACGGAGGCUGGUUGCGGCAUAG